GAUUUUCACAUCUUUCUCGAUCUCAGACCCAUCAAAAUCAAUUUCAGCUUCAACAUAGACAUUCAUCUGAAUCUCGAAUCUCAAUGGCUUCGCUGGUGCUUCUCUUUUCAGAGCUCGUUCGGAAUCAUGAGUGGGAUGCUGCAGCUCUGUUAGCAGCAUACCCUCCUCCCAAUUUCACCAUAACCUCAUCAUCAUCAUCAUCUUCUUGUGCUGUUGCUGCAAAAACAACACUCAAGGAUGAAGGCUUUCUGCAGAAGAAAACCAAAGAACCUGUGAUCGAAAACCCUCUGGAGUCGAUGGUGUGUGUGGGUCUUGUAUGGCCUUGAAUCUUCCUUGGUUACUCUCUCACGUUGUAAAUGAGAAAAGUCUCUUUUUCUUUUACUUUCAUUAUAACAAACUAAUUUGCUCUGAUGUAAAAUACCAUUUUGGUCUCUCUUUGUUCUUCAUUUGUAUUAUUUCUAUUUGCCGUGGCGAGGCCGAUGAAACUUCCGGUAACUUUGUCCACCAGUUUAAGUUUACUCGUAA